CAAGGAGAUAUAGGUGCUGCUGGAGAUGGAUGAUACUCUAACUAUGACCUUGGCAAGAUGCUAGGAUCCAAGGAAGGGUUGGGAGUCCAUUCUGGAGAGGGACCAGAAGUCAAGUUCAUCCGGUCCAGGCUUCACUGGGGACUUUCCUAUCUCAUAGCUCCUCCUGGGAGUAGGGACCAGUUCUUUGGAACUCCAAAGUCUGGUAGACUAAUGGCUGCUGGAACAUCCACCUUGCUUAGCAUGUCAGGCCCUGCUGAUCACAUGGCUGAGGGCAAAGGGGCUUCUCUGAGGCCUUCAGUUGAGAAGGGAUGGAAGAUCACAGAACCUAAGCAGACUCAGCCAGGGAUGCUCAAGAAAAUGAGCCUUGUGGAUUCUGACAUUGCUGCAGGAAAGGGUGGCCAAGAUGCGGCCUAUACUGUACUGAGCCUGUCAACACCACUGAACAAGCCUCCACUAGACAGGCCUCUGGCCUGCAAAGCAUGCACAGAGCAGAGGCAGAAUACCUUCACAGAGCUGUCAUGUCUCCAGGAGAGGCCAGGGGACAUCCAGUCCCAGAUGAGGAAGCCGGAGAACCCAGAAGGCCAGCUUGGCACUCAGCAGCUGCCCUUGAGUGUCCCCAGACCCUCAGGCGAUGGCAGGGUGUGCUCAGUAUGGCCAGGUGCAGCCCGGAGUGAGCAGAAAAGUGCUUUCAGCAAGCCAGCCAAGCGCCCAGCAGAGGAACCUAAGCGCUCCCCCAUGCUUCUGGCUAGCGGAAGUGCAGAGGGCUCAUGGGAGCUCUCAGGACUCAUCACCACUGUGGACAUCCCAUAUUGGGCUCAUCUGUCAACUUUCAAGUUCAUGGGUGAUUUCUGGAAAUUGCACACGUUGUCACAGAACAUUCUGCUCUGCAAUGCGUUCCAGGGGGCUCCCACACCAUGGCUUGAGCACACCCCGGUGCAAGCACUCACAUCCUCAGCAUCUUCUGCCACAGCCUCUCUGGCUCUCUUGCCGCCAACACUCUCCUCCCUGGGCUUGUCUACUCAGAACUGGUGUGCGAAGUGCAACCUAGCCUUUCGCCUGACAGCUGACCUGGUCUUCCACAUGCGCUCCCAUCACAAAAGGGAGCACGUGGGCUCUGAUCCACAUUCUAAGAAACGAAGAGAGGAAGUUCUCACUUGCCCCGUUUGUCAUGAGUACUUCCGGGAGCGCCACCAUCUGUCCAGGCAUAUGACUUCACAUAGUUAGCAGGCAGCUACAGAGAAAACCGAUGGCCAUAGUAUCCAGUGUGCAGUGGUGAGGCACAGGUGACUCCUGGCCUGUGCUGAGAAGGUUGUCAUAGACUUCUUCAAGGUUGUUCCUUUUGCUUCUCUCACGUGAACUGCUCAGUUAUAAUUCGUCACAUGUCCCAGCCCUUGUGAUGUAUUUAAUGCAUGAUGUGGAAAGUCAUGCAUUAAAAUGUUAAGCUUCACUCAUGGGAUAGUGGGACCAUUGGCUCAGGGAACAGGGCUGCUCCUGGCUCUGUCCCUGGUAUUCUGCAAGGAAGCACAUGAGCAUGACAUCCGUGGCUUUGCUGAUAAGUAAGCCUGCAUUCAAUUUGUGCUUUCACCUAUGAGCCCUGACCUCAGACAUGUUCCUUUAACUUGCUGACCCUCACUUUUCUCGUUUUGAAAGUGGUGUAUUAGCAGGAUGUGAUCAGAAUACUGAGGAAGAUGCUUGGUUGGUAGCCUGCUCGCCCCCUGGUCGAGUGUGAGCACUAAGUAUAUGGAUUGUAUAGUCACUGCUUGCACUAGCCUGCUACGUCAUUCAUGAAAUCUCAGGGGUGAACAAACAUUGUGUUUCUCUGCAGCAAGGCUAGGGAUGGCUUGGUGGACAUGACUCAGGACACAAGUCAGGCUGCAUUCAAGUCUAGGCCCUUUUGCUGCUGGGUCAUUAUGUUGGGUAUAGUGAAGCCCAGAGUGCAAAACAUCCAGAAGAUGGGUUACAAGCCUAAGUUUCCCUGGGCCAGUGUAAAUCCAGGCCUAUAGUGGCUGAGGCUGAGUGGGAAAAUGACCUGGCUUGAAACCCGAACAAAUGAGUGGGGACUAGUAAUGCAGACACCCCACCCUCCUGUUCUCUGGGUAUUCACACUGUGAAUCUGUGAGGAGAGACAAAACACACAUAAUUUCUUCUGGAUUAUCUACAGGUGCCAUUCUUCCUGUGGUUCUGAGUAGGGCAGGAAAGAACAACUGGAGGGUCCUCAGAAUGAGGUCUCCAGGAGGUACUCCACAUCCUGUCAUCUGUAGGACACAGUGAAUUCUCAUUCUACUGCAGACAAAUUUAAACUUAAAAAGAUUAACAACUUUCCUGAUGCCACUUAGUCAGGAGCACCAGUAGAAGAACAAAAUCCCAUGAACACCCAGAUCUGAGCUCAGACCCUGUUCAGCCACUGCAUGUCUGCUUAGCUAGCAUGGCCAUGGAGCAGACUGAGUGACUCAAGGUUUGGAAUCUAGAGGCUGGUCUCCUUAAGUUCAAUUUCAACUUAACCUUGCUAUUUUACAAGACAUAGAUAUGCUCAUGCAUGCACAUGUGCUUGUACACACACACACACACACACACACACACAUGAGCACAUGCUACCAAAUACACACUACUCUUUUCUCCAUUAUGUAUACUAAAUAGUAUAGUGAUUUAUCCUGUUCACUGUAGCUCUCCUCACUAGAUGAAAGGGAGUUUUGGUGUAUUUCCAUCAUCUAGAACAACACAGACAUACAGUAGGCACUCAACAGGUAUCUGUUGAAAGUAUAAAUGCAUAAGUUAAUAAAUGAAUGAUCUGCCUGACUCUGCCUUGGUUCCUGCCAACUCUUGAGUUGGCUUUGGGGGACAGAAGACGGCAUCUGUCAAAAGCAUGUGCACACUUACCCCGGGCUCAUGCAUUGGCCCGUGAUUUCUAUGCCAUCUCUUUGAAGGGGGAAUGGUCCUGUCAUAACAUACAGAAGAUGCUUAAAAUUGAUGUUGACACAAGUUGCUUUGCAGCCAGAUUUACAAGUUCAAAGAUGUUGAAGAGCGUGACUUAGAACCUGUUAGUGACACCGUCCCUCAGAAUAAGCAUGCUGGGUUCCCAGGCGUCCCCUGGAAGUCCCACCCCCUCUCCUGUCUUCCACCUUCGUGCCACUUGCUCCUCCUGGAGAGAAGCCACUUUAAACCAUGACGUAACAAAUUAUCUCUUUCAUAAAAAAAGUCUGGAUAUUUUUAUUUUUCAAGAUUCAUGUGAAAAUUCUAAAGUGUGCCUUUGGGAGAUUGAGAUUAAUGUCUUUAUGGGUUCCAGAGGGCCAGCGUCCCACUUUCUGAGGACACAGCUAAAAAGAGUGAUCUCUGAACUAGAAAAUGACCCUCACGAAAGACAUUACAUCUGCAUACACAUGACCCCUUUAGGAUCCAGGACCGUGAGCAAUAAAAAUGCCUGUUGUUUAUAAGCCA